AUGCAUCAGCCUCGCGGUCCCUACGCGUCCACUUCAGACGAACAUUUGGGCUAUGACUGGAUAGCAGCAAUGCUAGACAAUCAGAAAUGCUAUGGACAAACUGUGACGAAUGAUCCUUCCGGAGAUACUCACUGGCUCAAUCAAUCCGAUCUGUUUGAUCAAAUUGUGAAAUUUCGCCAGACAAACUAUGAGGCCUGUUUCUCGCAGAAUUCCCGCAGGUCAGUUCUGCUUACUAUAUUCGAAGUGUUUCGAUGA